AUGGGAGGAAAUUGUUCGAAUUGCAAUUAAUGUUAAAAGGACAGGUUGGAGAUAAUCAACGAAAUCGAAGUGACCAAAAAAUCUGAUAGUUAAAGAAGAGUAUUGUCUUCGGUUUCAUAACAAUCAUAAAAUAGUCAAUUAGAUGUGGUAUUGAAUUUAUCAACUUUAGAAUGAUUUUAAAUAGAUUAAGUGUGCACCUACUGAACAGAAGAAUACUAAGUUUUCAGUGUUUGCUGAGGAUCAGGAAAAAGACAUCAAAGAAGAUAAGAAUUUGAAUCAGAAGGCCGUUGUAAUAUAAAAAAUUUGGAAGGGACACAAAGCCAGGUAGAAUUACUAAGAAGUGAAGAAAUCCCUUUCGGAAAAGAAUUAAAAAGAGGAGGAUAAGAAUCAAGAAUAGCAGUGCGAUUAAGUAACAAUAGCAAGUAAAGACAAAAAAAAGAAUGUUUAAUAUUUCAAUUGUCAGGAGUUUGGAGGUAAUCAAGAUACUCUAACUGUAUAGUCAGCAACUCAACCAAUUAAAAAACACGUGAAAAGCGUCCUUUGUUUGUAUUUAAGAGUGGAGCUACAUAUGAGGGUGAAUGGAUCGGUAACAAAAGAGAUGGAAGAGGAGUCUAAAUAUGGCCAGAUAGUGCUAGAUACGAUGGGGAAUGGGUCGAUAAUAAGGCCUGUGGGAAAGGAUCAUUUUAUCAUGUGGAUGGAGAUGCUUAUAUAGGAGAAUGGGCAGAUGAUAGAGCGAAUGGGUAUGGAAUUUAUAAACAGAAUAAUGGAGCUGUUUAUGAAGGCUAUUGGAAGAAUGAUUUGCAACAUGGGAAGGGAGAGGAGAAAUGUAUGAAGCAAUAUUUAUUUAGGGAUUGAUUAAUCAAGUUAUUAGGGGGAUUAUUUUGAAGGGAAAAAAUAAGGAAAAGGCAAGUACACUUGGCCAGAUGGUAGUUAUUAUGAAGGAGAUUGGGUUGACAAUAGAAUCAAUGGUUACGUAUUAAAAUUAAUUGAUAUCUGUUUAGGGAGAGUACUAUUGGGCAGAUGGAAGAAUCUACAAGGGAUAAUGGAAGGACAAUAAAAUGCAUGGGAUGGGAUACUAUCAAUGGUCAGAUGGGAGAUCCUAUCAAGGUCAAUAUGUGGAUGACAAAAAACAAGGGAGUGGUAAAUAUACUUGGCCAGACGGGAGAUAUUAUGAUGGUGAUUGGCAAGAUGGUAAAUAACAUGGCAGAGGAAAGUACGUGUUACCUGAUGGAAAGAUGAAAAAUGGGAUAUGGGAUUAAGGUAGAAGAGUGAAUUGGUUGGAAGAAUGA